GCUUUAAGCAAGUGAAGGACACGUACUCUAUUGACUUAUCUUUUCAUUCAAAGCAUUUCUUUUGUUCUCUAAAAAGCACAGCCACACAGUAAAAUGCUGCGUUACAGUCGUGUUUGCCGCAACAUGGGACUGGGGGAUGCGUACGUGAAGAAGGUGUUCGAUACCGUCUCAUCAAAGUAUGAUAUGAUGAACGAUGUGCUUUCCUUAGGCAUUCACCGCAUUUGGAAGAAGCACUUUGUCGAGGACUGCGUUUGCCCUCUUCCAGGUGGCAAAUUCUUAGAUGUCGCUGGCGGCACGGGCGACAUUGCGUUUAAGAUCACCGAUCUCAUCCGUGUGCGCGAGAAAUCUUUUGGUUUAGUCCCGAAGGCCCUCGACGGCACGAAGGUCGUUGUAUGCGACAUCAACGAGAGCAUGUUGAAAGAAGGCCAAAAGCGUGCUGAGCGUGAGGGAUACCUGGAUAUCGACUGGGUCUGCGCGAGUGGCGAGGAACUGCCGUUUGAAGACGCUUCUUUUGAUAGCUACACGGUGUCCUUUGGUAUUCGCAACUUCAGCGAUCGUCCCAAGGCCCUGCGUGAGGCCUUCCGUGUUUUGAAGGUGGGCGGCGUCAUUAACGUGCUUGAGUUUAGCCAGGUUUCCUGCCCGCUACUCACCAUACCGUACGACUUAUGGUCAUACGGCUUCAUGCCUCAGGCUGGACGCUUUCUGGCAGACGAAGAGAGCUACCGUUAUCUGGUGGAAAGCAUCCGCGCUUUCCCGGACCAGGAAAGUUUCGCGCAGAUGAUUCGUGAUGCUGGAUUUGGUUAUGUGCGCUACGAGAACCUUACUGGCGGGAUUGCGUGCAUCCAUACCGGGGUGAAAACCUCACCGACUCCAAUUGUUCCCAAGACCGACUCCAGCAUUCCCACUCCGAAGAAGGCGGAGGAGACCGCGGACACGAAGCCGGAGCCCAACAGCGCAUAG